UCGCACUGGAAUGUCUACGAAGUAAGAAGAUGCAGGAUUGAAAAGGCAACAAACAUGGAUAUGACAUUUUUUUUGAAAUGUCUUAUUGGUUACUGCAUAACUAUUAUUUUUGUGGAUCACUUGACCACAGGUCAACAAGACUCAUGUUCCGAAUGUACAAGGUUCGAAAUGAGGAAGGACUUAUCUUGUCAUGUAGUGUUAAAAUUUUUAAGAACAACAGAUGUGACAACUUGCAUGCGGGAUUGCACGGACGAUUGUCAUGGAUUGUUAUUCAAUGAACUUGAAAGAAAUUGUACUUUAUGCGCAUCGGUAAAAAUUGAAACUGGAAACUCUGACAAAAAGGCGACGGCGUUUGAAAAGGUCAAGAAAAAAUGUGGUGACCAGACUCCGUCUGUAUCUACAGAAACUUCGCAAAAAUUGUGCCCUCCGUUCGAGAACAAAAAGAACGGGAAAGUGGUUGGAGAAUCUCUGCUUGAAGGUGCCACUAAGAAUUUGACCUGCCACCCCGGAUACAGUCCUCGAGACAGAAAUAACGUUGUGAGCCAAUGUAAAAAUAGCCAAUGGACGAAAAUUACGGAGUGUGCUAUAGUGUGCCCUACUUUUGAGAACAUCAACAACGGGAAAGUUGAAGGAGACACUCUGUUCGAAGGUGCAACAAGAAAUUUGACUUGCAAUCCCGGAUACAGUCCCCGAGACAGAAAUGCUGUAUUGAGUCUUUGUCAAAAUGGCCAAUGGACAAAAAUAACGGAAUGUAUUAAAGACUGCCCUCCUUUUGAGAACAACAGCAAAGGGAACGUUACUGGAGACUCUCUGUUUGAAGGUGCAACUAGAAAUUUGACUUGCAACACCGGAUACAGUCCCCGAGACGACAAUAUCGUAGUCAGUCGAUGUCAAAAUGGUCAUUGGACGAACAUAACGGAAUGUGUUAAAGACUGCCCUCCUUUUGAGAACAACAGCAAAGGGAACGUUACUGGAGACUCUCUGUUUGAAGGUGCAACUCGAAAUUUGACUUGCGACACCGGAUACAGUCCCCGAGACGACAAUAUCGUAGUCAGUCGAUGUCAAAAUGGUCAUUGGACGAACAUAUCGGAAUGUGUUAAAGCUCAUAACGUUGCCGUUGGGAAGAACUCAAAACAAACCGACACGGCUAACGGUCGCGCGGCGGCAUGUGGUAACGAUGGCAACAUGAGCACGUGCACGGAAACUACAUCCUCAGAUGCAUCUUGGGAGGUUGACUUGGGUGGAGUAUUUCAAAUAGAAAGCGUCAUCGUGCGGGGAAAUGAGGAAGGGCAGUGGAUAUCUCGUGUGCUUACCUUUUCGUCGGUGUAUAGUCCAAGCUCCUGGAGUGCUCAGCAAAUUAUCGGUGUCGCGAACGUGUUUCCCGUUUACGGUGAUGAAAUCCAAGCAUGGGCGCCCAAAGAUAUCGAUGCCAAUCAGUUCUUGGAAUUCGAGUUUCCAAAUAAGGUAAACGUCUCCAAAAUCGACAUUUACGAGACGUACCAUGCCGGCGGAGUGAAGGCUGUCAAGUGUUAUGACGUCACCGGAACGUGGAUAACGCUUUGGUCGACGGCUCAAGUAUCCGUUAUCAAGCAUUCAAGGAUUUUUAGUCCAUCUUUUACGUCUACUACUACAUGCUUCUCGAACCACAUCAGGCUUGACAUUGAUUGCUCCCAGGCUAACAGCUGGGUUGAGAUUGACGCUGUGAUGCUACAUGGCUACAAGGACGUGGAGGUUUACCUUGGCCUUUCCGAUGGUGUGUAUUCCCUCGAGGGCUUCUGCAAUUGGAUUCUUGACGGAGAUUGUGAAGUACAGGUCUCCGGUGAAAACCUGGUCCAAUUCGUUCAGGUGAAAAUGAGACCGUCGGAGGCGCCGCUCCAAUUAUGCGAGGUGCUCGUACUGGGUUUUUAAGCAGUGAGUUACGAAUGCAAAUUAUCUGAUACAUGACGCAUGUUUUUUUUGUAAAAAUGGUUCCGUAUGCAACUUUCUCUUUAUAUUUCGUUUUAACAUUGAUUUAUGUAUGCAAAACUUUAUAUUUUACGCAAUUCAAUCCAGAUUGACAGUAAAUUUCAAUUACUGUAUAGUUCUAUAUGAUUUUGCUUACUUUGUUACUAUUGACUUUGUUUCUUAGAUAUGUUUGUAGUUGUUAGCACUAUACAGACGUGUAAUGUGCUUCAAAUUUCCGAUCAGAUCGGUGAUAAAGAUGACAGUGCUAUCGAUAUAUGUGAUAUAAUUGGCAUUUCUGUUCAGAUGUUUGAUGACAUUAAUAUUGCUACUCGUAUGUUUGAUGACGUGGGUAUUGCUGUGCGUAUGUUUUAUGACGUUGAUAUUGAUGUUCGUAUGUUUGUUGACGUUGAUAUUUCUGUUCGUAUGUUUGAUGACGUUACUUUCGCUGUCAGUAUAUUUAAUGAGGAUGAUAUUGCUGUUCAGCUUUUUGAGGACCUUGAUAUUGCUGUUCGUAUGUUUCAUGACGUUAAUAUAGCUGUUCGCAUUUUUGAUGACGUUGAUAUUGCUGUUCGUAUGUUUGAUGACGUUAAUAUUGCUGUUCGUAUGUUAGAUGACCUUAAUAUUGCUGUUAGUAUGUUUGAUGACGUUUAUAUUGCUGUUCGUAUGUUUGAUGACGUUUAUAUUGCUGUUAGUAUGUUUGAUGACGUUUAUAUUGCUGUUCGUAUGUUUGAUGACGUUUAUAAUGCUGUUAGUAUUUUUGAUGAGGAUGAUAUUGUUGUUCGAUGUUUGAUGAGGUUAUUUUGUUAUUUCAUUUUAUUUCUUUUGACACCAUCUGCACAAAAAUGUUUGGUAUAAUAUGAGAAAUAUAAAACCUCACUUCAGGCCCAAUGGCAGAAUAGUGACCAGUCAUGCAGACCUAAAUAGUAUAUGGAACUCAGCCUUCGGCUUCGGUCCAUAUGCAAUUUGGGGCUUCCUGGCUGGUCACUAUUCUGCCAUAGGGCCCACAGAUAGGGUUUCUAUUUCUUAUAUAGACUGCGGAUUGCAUUAAGUGUUUGCUUGUUGUAAAACAUUAUUCCCCUUAUUAUCUUAACAUGUUAGAAAACCUUUGCCCAUAUUCACCAAUCGAUUUUUAUAGACGUUCACUUAUAAAAAAGAACGUUAAAAGACGUUUGUUUUGUACAGCUACUUAAAAGUGUUGGCUAGCAUGGUAUUGAACAUUUAUAUUUGCAACAAAAUUUGUUCAUUGUGUGAAUCACAUAAGCAUUAUUUUCAAUAUGUAUUUUCACAGUAGUAUUGUAAUUUUUCUAAGUCUAUUCUUUAUUCCUAAGUCUAAGAAUGGGUUGGUGAAUACAAGCCCAAAAGAUGUGGAUUUCAUGACAUAUGUGUAUGCCAUGAACUAUUUGAAUUGAAGUAAAACAAUAUUCCCCUUAACACUCGUAUUUUUAUGUACAAAAUGACAGUUUUUUUAAUUAACUAUUUCAUUGUGGUAUUGCCAUCUAUUAAUGUGUGUAUACGGCUUUUAUCAAGUGAUCAAUAUGAUUGAACAUGAUGUGCGGACUGAGGGCUCAAUAAACUGGAAUAACUACGACAUAAUAUGAUUUAUCUAAACAGCAUUUAAUGCGGGCGUGUGUGUGUGUGUGUGUGUGUGUGUGUGUGUGUGUGUGUAUGUGUGUGUGUGUGUGCGUGCGUGCGUGCGUGCGUGCGUGCGUGCGUGCUCGCGUGCGUGCGUGCGUGCGUGCGUGCGUGUGUGUGUGUGCGCGCGCGUGCGUGCGUGCGUGUGUGUAUAUAGGAGGACUUUCUAUGAAGUACACUGUUUUAUUAUGGUACAACAUUUAAUUUCAUUAAAUUACUCAAAUGUCUGUUUGUAGAUAUGCAGUGUGGCUUAUAUAAAAUUAUCAUUAUAGAUCGACAUGAUUUGUUAGACAUAUGUACGUGCAUUUUUGUGGAUUUGCCAUGUUCAACGAUUCGCUUUAAAAUUACAUCUCUUCCUAAACCAAUUGGUAGAUUUUAUUAAAUGUAAUAGAAAUGAUACUUAAGUUACCUUCAAAAGUUGUUCUCAUCAUUCCAAACCAUUUAAAAUAUAGGUCAUAGAGCUAAAAAGAUUGUUUUAAUUGAACAUUAAACAUACUCUCCCCUUUGAAACCGCUCGGUGCAGAGGCCUGAGGCCUAAAGUGGUCCUCUACAAUUUUGUUUUCAAAUAAUGGUCCUGCAUGUUGCCCUUAUGCGAAUUUGUUUUUCUUGUAUUGGGAAGUGCUCUGUGAAAAAAUGGUUUAAUAAAUGUGCGUAAAGUGUCGUCCCAGCUUAGUCUGUGAAGUCCGCAUAGGCUUAUCAGGGACGUCACUUUCCGCUUAAACUAGAUUCUUGCUAAGAAGAGACCUUCUUGAAACGAAAAAUAUUAUAAAAGCGGAAAGUGUCGUCCCUGAUUAGCCUGUGUGGCACAGGCUUAUCUGGGAAGACACUUUCUUACAUGAAUUAAACCCCAUUUUCACAGAGCACGGCACAUUAAUAUCCAAUGAACUUGAAACAUAUUUCACCCUGAAAUCGGAUUACCCAGGGACUUAUAUGUUUUAUGUAAGAUUGUAUAAUAGUCCUCUGCCGAGUUGUUACAAUAGAUCUAUCCCGGAAAAGCACGAGUUUAGAAAAACCCACUAAUCACCCCGGUACAAACAACGCUGGUGCAUUAAAUCAACCAAUAAUAGCUUACUUUAAAUUAUAACGGUUGAUACGGUGUGUGAUUUUGAAAGGAUUAUAAAUGGGUCAUGUUUAUUUGUACCAGCAGAUUAAUGUUUUUUUUUCUCCAAAAUGUUGCUUUUUCCGGGAUACACCUAUUCACACGCCGGUAUUUACAACUCACCAGAGCGAUUAGGUUUGUCAUCCGUCUUGUGUAUUGGGUGUUGAUUCGUUAAAAUGAAAGGACAAAGCGAUUAGCUUUGUCAUCCGUCUUGUGUAUUGUGUAUUGAUUCGUUGAAAUGAAAGGAAUUGUUCACAUGCUAAAAUCUUGCUCUUAAAUGUUGGAAUCAAAAUGAUGACAUCUGUAUCACUAAGUUGAGCGCUUAAAUAUUUACUCAAGAACAUCUUUUAAAUUUUACUCAUAAACAAAACUCUCUUAAAAAUAUACAUAACCUGUCGUGUGAGUUCUACCUUUACAUACAGUAUGAUUAUAUGAAAAACAUUACAAAGUUUUGAAACCAUUAAUGCAAUCUCUUCAAACACUCGUUUCGUCAAUAAAUAGAAGUAUCAUGAUCUCUUGUAUUAUCCUUGUUGCGUCUUUGUAUUGGUUUUGUUAUAGAAGCAAGAAAAAAUGUAAUGAGGCUAUAAAUAGAUCAGGGGGGAAAAAACUACUGCUGAUCAACAGGUAUACGUGGUGCAGGAUCAACGGGGUUAACAUAAGGUUUACACACGGGCUGAAAAGAAUGUAAACACUUUAUGUUUGCAAAUAUAUUAGGUUAUUGAAAUACUUUCGCAAAAUUCGUUAGUGCAGUUUUUGUCAAUAUCUUAAGAAUGAAGCAUGAACCAUUGAAUACGUCUGAAAUCGGUUCAAUAAAGUAAUUUUGAUGUAUUUCACGUGCCAUAAGAAAAUAUAAAAUACUGUCUUUUAUGCACCAAUUGAAAUUCUUAAGAAUGAUUUUUAAAGGGACUGCAACCAGAUUGACGAAAAACAUAAAAGUUCUAAAAUACCGUAUUUUUUUUACAAUUGUUAGUUUAUAUUGAUUAAAAUAUCACGACUGCUAUAUUACAUUAAUUGAAAGAGUUGUUUAGUUUUAAUAUUUUCAGUAUGUUCGGUAAUAAAAUUGCACUAGGAAUGUGUACCAGGUAACUACCAGUUAACUAUAUAUAGCGCAAGUAGAUUGAUCAUCAUCGCAACGUGGUAAACCCAGACAUUAAAAUUGUGAAAGCAUAGUGAAUUGUUUCUGUUAUAUAUAAUGAUCAAUCUAUUUGCGUUGUUUGUAGUGUGUAUAUCAUUAUGUCACCUAUUUUCGCGAUGUACUUUCGAUUUCACAUCGCGAAAUGUUAUUAUCGAAAGCAGUAAUUACUAUAUUAUAAAUGCAAUCGAGCUAAACUAAAUAGUUUAAACUAAACAGAAACUAUACUUUAAACAACGACCAACCAAUGAAAAACAGAUUCCCGCAACCAACUUCUACUGAAUUAUCGCUAAAACCGAUUAUAAAAAGCAAUCUAAUAUCAAACGCACAUUAGUGUUCUAUACCGAUGUAAAGUACAGUGUCCGGUUACUAGGGUAACAAGUAGUUAAUUAACAAUGCAGAGCUAGUAAACAGCGCUGUCUUUAUGACUACCAAAUUUCUGAGUAAAAUGUCUUGAUCGCAGAUUUAUAUUUUGCUUAUUUUCAUCAAUUAUCUUAUUGUAUAUUUUUAUUUUAAUGUUGUUUUAAAAACAUAUGUUUUGUAAAGAAAAUGUCCACCAUGAAAUUAAAUUCGUCGUGUUUUACGUAUACGAUAUCCCAACGACAUAUUCAUAAAAUGGUGAUUGCAAAUAUAUUUUAUAUAAAAUAUAAACUAGAUCUCAUAAUACAAUUGUGUUAUAUUUUCUAUAUUUUCAUUAAGUCUAAAAAGGAGCCUGUUGUUUUUUUUUCUAAGAUAUCUCUUUAACAACCGUAGUAUUCUAAACAGUGAAAACACACCUCGACAAUUUCUUGUAGACAAACUCUCAAUACAUGUGAAUGGCUUGUGUUUAUUUAAAAAUGCGAUUUAAAAGCGAUUACUUAAUUUUAAAAUAAUGAAUUGCGUCUAAGGUUAUGUAAUUGCGAACAACCGAAGUGCCUUCAGCGCUUUGAUUGUUCCUCUAUAUGUUAUUUGUUUAUAAUUCUACAUAUCCCAUGCUAUAACAGUCCGUGUAUAUGUUUUUGUAGCUGCUUAAUAUCCUGUUUUGACAUUUCUGAAUAUCCUAUGAAAUAUGGAGAAAAUUCCCCGUCGGUUCUCAGAAUAAAUGAGUGGAUCUUAGAAGAUGCGUUAA